UUCGUCCUUAUCUUCUUCCCCAAAAUUUCCGACUGUGCAAGCUUUUCUCUCAUUUCAUCUUCUUCUUCGUCGAGUUACUGUACAGUUUAGGGUUUACUCUCAAUUCUGGUUCUCGUUUUGGGGACGAUCUUUGUGUGUUCUGUAAAUUCCACUUCGAUCCUUGUCAAUGACUUCGCUACUCCUCCUCAGAACCCUACCUCUCCUCCGCAACGGUUUUUUAAACCAUCGUCAUCAAGUCAGCAUCGCAGCCGCUGGAUUCCUCUCUCACCGUCGGCGUCUAUGGUGUGCCCUUGCUGAUAAACCACAGUUUCAGGGGGAUGACUCUCGGGCGGAGGCAUCCGCCGCGGCUAUGAAAUCGCCGUCGCCUGUUGAUGAUAGCUGGCGGUAUGAAGAUCCUGAUUAUCGGAAAUGGAAGAACCUAGAGGCGGAGAUUCUUCGAGAUAUCGAACCUAUAGCUCUUCUCGCCAAAGACAUUCUUCAUUCGGAUAGGUACUUGGAUGGAGAAAGGUUAGAAUUUGAGGAUGAGAAAAUUGUCAUGGAAAAGCUUCUUGCUUAUCACCCUUACUCCAAAGAUAAAAUUGGCUGCGGUCUUGAUUUUAUAAUGGUUGAUAGGCAUCCUCAAUUCAGGCACUCGAGGUGCCUUUUUGUAGUGAGAACGGAUGGUGGAUGGAUAGACUUUUCGUACCAGAAAUGUCUUCGAGCCUAUGUCCGAGAUAGGUACCCGUCUCACGCCGAGAGAUUUAUUCGUGAACAUUUUAAGCGUGCUAGUAGCUAAAAUCGUAACUGGAUACUGUAAUACCGUCCCACUCAUUCAUCACAGCAAAUUCUUGUAUAAAUUUUGCUGCUACUCGUUACUGAAGAAGUCACACAGAUCGAAACCAGUUAUGAAGCUUUUGUUGUAGAAAUUUUGGAAUGGCU